UCCAAGCUCCGAACUGUCUACCACAUUACGAGCUCAGCAUACAGACACCUCGACACCAAUAUGUCUCGAUCAAACCCCUCAGGCAUACCCGAAGACGAUAUCAUAAACCCCAAACUCAACGUCUCCUGCCUCGACUUCCUCCUCAUCGAACUCGUCCCUCUCGCGCAACGCAUCACCGACCAACUCCACGCACGCGAACAAGCUCUCAUAGAAGAAUUCCGCCGAAGCAAAAUCUUCAAUAACAGUAAUAGCAAUGGCUCUUCUACCACAUCUUCCACCAUAACAACAACACAGCAAUCGCAAUCGCAAUCGCAACCUACAGGCUCUCUACCCACAGUCCCAGAGAUCACAACAACGAGUGAUGGAGCAGGAAGCGGAAAGAAGACUUCCAGCGAAGCAGGAGCAGAAGCAAGCACAACAACAACAACCACAGCUACAGGAACAGCAGCGACCAGCGUAAUCAGCACCUCCAACAUCGGCGGCGCACCUCUCCUCGAAAACUCCUCCACACGCGAAGCAGUCUUCUGGCGUCUCGAUAAUUUAGGUUAUCGUGUUGGACAAGGCCUAGUAGAGCGUUUCUCCCACACCAAACCCCGCCCCCAAACCCCCCUCGAAGCCAUAAAAUUCAUCUGCAAAGACCUCUGGACAAUUCUCUUCCGCAAACAAAUCGACAACCUAAAAACAAACCAUCGAGGAGUUUUCGUGCUCACGGAUUCCCGUUUUCAACCGAUAAGUCGUAUGUCCGUGGAUCGGAGAGCUGGGCCGAGAGCGGGAGAGGAUGCUUUGAGGAGAGGGCAAGCUUAUUUAUACUUCCCUUGCGGGAUAAUUCGAGGCGCAUUGCAAGGGUUGGGGAUAGAAGUUACAGUUACGGCGGAGACGACGGAGAUUCCAGUUGCUACGUUCCAGAUUAAGAUGAAGGGAGCGAAGGCAUGAGGAGGACUGAAGACAAGGUGGCUAGGGCCGAGAAGGCCAGUGUCAUUCCAAUGUGCACGACGAAACGUUUGAUAUAUGCGUAAACCAACGGAAGUGGUCCAAGAGUUCCAGAUUGAGCAAAGGUAGCUGUACCCCGACAGCCACCGGUACCCAGCGACGGAAACGCUCCAAAACAAGCCUUCAGAGCGCAGCGCCGAAUAGAGCCGGCCGUCCAGACAGA